ACCCGACUCUUUCUUAUUUCUGUCCAAAAUGAAUAUAAGAAUGAUUUCUGCAGCAUUCACAAUUUAACUGUGACCUCCACGCUCCAAAUCAUUUCUUAUUUUCUGCGCGAAAACCGCCGGCUAAAUUUUCCGGUAUUUGACGGUGGAAUAGCAAAGCGAAAUCGAAGCUACAGAAGCAUGAAGCUUAUCGUGAAGAAUUUGAAAGGCUCUUGUUUCACGAUCGAAGUUAAACCUGACGAUACGAUUGCGGAUGUAAAGAAAAACAUAGAAACUGUUCAGGGUUCAGGUGUCUACCCUGCUGAACAACAGAUACUUAUCCAUCAGGGAAAAGUUCUCAAGGACACAACAACAGUGGAAGAAAAUAAUGUUGCUGAAAACAGUUAUGUUGUCAUCAUGUUGAGGAAGAUCAAGUCCUCAGUAGGUGAAGCCUCUUCAACACAAGCCACACCUUUAAAUACAGCUCAACAUCCAACCUCCACUGGACAAUCAACACAGACAGUGACAUCGCCUCCAUCAACUGCCUCUGUUGUGGCAAUCCCACAGUCUGCUCCUGAAUCUGCCUCAACUCUUCCAAAUCCCGCUUCUUCUGUUUCUGUGCCAGAUGUCUAUGAUCAGGCAGUAUCAAACCAUGUAGCAGGAAGUACCUUAGAGUCCACAAUUCAAGAAAUUCUUGAAAUUGGUGGGGGAAAUUGGGAUCGGGAGGCAGUCAUGCGUGCUUUGCGUGCUGCAUAUAACAAUCCCGAGAGAGCUGUUGAUUACUUGUAUUCGGGCAUUCCUGAGCAAGUUGGGGUUGAUGAUAUUGCACAAGCUUCCCCUACUCCGGGUGGUCAAACUUUGAACCCUUCACCUUUGGCUUCUCAACAAACAAUACCUUCUAGUGGCCCGAAUGCAAAUCCUUUAGAUCUCUUUCCACAGGGCCUUCCAAAUCUGAAUUCUAAUGCAACAGCUGGAAAUUUGGAUUUUCUACGCAAUAAUCCAGAGUUCCAGGCCCUUAGAACAAUGGUGCAAGAAAAUCCUCAAAUGUUGCAGCAUAUGCUUCAAGAACUCGGAAUGCAAAACCCUCAGAUUGUACAGGGUAUUCAAGAAAAUCAGGCUGACUUUCUGCGCCUUAUCAAUGAACCUGUGGAUGGGGAGGGGGACACAUUGGAUCAGUUGGCUGGAGAGAUACCACAAGUCACUGUCACCCCUGAAGAGCGCGAGGCUAUUCAACGUCUUGAAGCGUUGGGGUUCGAUGAAACUUUGGUAUUGGAAGUGUUUUUCGCAUGCAACAGAGACGAGGAGCUCACGGAAAACUAUCUUCUAGACCACAUGCAUGAGUUUGAUAUGUGAUGAUGAAUAGCAAACGGUACUCCUCUUUCACUUGUCCUUUUAAAAUGAUCUGCUCAGUUCUUCUCAAUCGAGCCCAUCAUCCAACGCUGUUUUCGCUUUCAAAUAUGACAUGACCACCAAGAUUUUCCCUUGUACUACGUUCUCAAAUGGCUGUUAUGAUUUGUGAGCUUUUCAAAUGUCUUCCUUCAUGAGAAGAAGUUAAAGCACACAUGCACGAGCUACAAUUGCAUAAUGUGGACUACUAAUUACUCCCUAUGUCCCAAAUUGUUUGCAACAUUUCGAUGGACGUGUAAAGUAUCAUCUCUUUUAGAAUCAUUUUAUUUACAAAUUGGUAGAGAAAUAGAAUGCAAAAAUUAUA